AUCCCGGCUCUAUGAACACUUCUCCGUUACGAAAAGUUUCUUUGCGUUUUGAUAGCGGGAUAGCGGUGUAGUGUGUAGUUAUUCGACGUGUUUGUUCGUGUGAGUUCUCGCAAGUCGGAUUCUGCGGCAAAAUGAAUGGAACAAACUUCACAUGAAGCUACAAGCAUGCUUUUGAACGUCAGUAUGUUUGUCUGAACGCGCUUCUGAAGACCGAGUACGGGUUAAAGCUGGCAGUAUGGAAGGGGACGUAGUGACAGAGGUGCCGAGUUCUUUAAAACGACUGGUCAGACUCGUCAUACGUGGUUUUUAUACGAUCGACCAUGUGAUUGUGGUGGACAUGUUGAUCAGAAACCCGUGCGUGAAAGAGGACGAUCUUGCCGACUUCCUCAAGUUCGAGAAGAAACAGUUGAGGUCGGUUGUAGCUCAGCUGAAGAACGACCGUUUUGUUAAAGUGAGACUUCGCAUGGAAACUGGCCCAGACGGCAAAGCCACGAGGCAGAACUAUUACUACAUCAACUAUAAGGUGUUUGUAAACGUCGUCAAAUACAAGCUGGACCACAUGCGAAGGAAGAUUGAAACCGAAGAACGUGAUUCCACCAGCCGGGCCUCCUUCCGCUGCACGGUCUGCAGCAAGACCUUCACCGACCUCGAAGCUGACCAGCUCGUCGAUCUCACAACCGGAGAGUUCAGAUGCAGUUACUGUAGUGCUCCGGUCGAAGAAGAUGAGAGCGCCACUCCACGGCAAGAUUCCCGCCUGCUCUUGGCGCGGUUCAACGAGCAGAUCGAGCCCCUCUACGUCCUCCUCCGCGAAGUAGAAGACAUAAAGCUUGCAGCCGAACUCUUGGAGCCCGACCCGACAGACCUGUCACACAUGCGAAAAGAUCAGAAAGGGUCGACAAAGCCUCGCGACGGUGUUUGGAGCGGUGAGGCGACGCGGAACCAGGUCAAGGAGAGCAUCACGGUCAGCGUGGCAGACAACGCCCCAACUGCAGUCCCACAGGCGGAAAAGAAGGAGACUCCGGUCUGGCUGGCGAAGAGUACGGUGUUGCAGCAGGAAGCUCCGGUUACCAUGAAAGAGGAGCUGCCCUCCGUCGACACAAAGACAUCUACCGAACCACACAGCGACAUCCUGGAAGCGCUCCUGGCCCAUGAAAAACGAGAGGCCCCCAAAGUCCCCGGAGAGUCGAGCGACUCAGAAGAGAGUGUCGUGGAAGCCACACCCGAAGCAGCUGCUCCAGACGGAGUCACGGAAGGUAUCAUGGAAUCGGGCGACUCCGACGACGAGGGUUCGUGGGUGCAAGUCGCGGGUCGCAAGGUGGCAGUGCACGAGGUGACGGAGGAGCUGGUCGCGCAGAUGACGCCCGCGGAGAAGGAGGACUACAUCAGGCUCAGACAAGAACUCUACAGCAUGAUGUACGAAUGAGAGGGACUAAAAGGACGCAACAUUUA